AUGUCAACGACAGACCGUAAGUUGGAAUUAGAACGUAAAAAGGCAAAGCUCCAGGCUCUUCGUGAUGAGAAAGAUCGUCGUCGCAGAGAAAAAGAGCAGAAAGAUGCUGAAGAGGCUUUGCACAGAGCAUCCACAGCUUCAAGCUUGGACAGCCGUCGGGAUCUUGAUGAGAUGCUAUCAUCACUUGGGGUGGCUCCAGUGAAAGAUGUGCUCUCAUCACUUUCUUCGAUGACUUCAUUAACACCACCACAGACAGCCUCGCCUGAUGCUAGCCUUCCACAUACUGAUAAAUCAAGCAUUCCACAUGGCACACCUAAGAAACCUCCACAACUGCAAGUUGUAUCAGUUCAAUCAACAGACAUUCCUCCAAAAGAAAAUCUAACAUAUGCUAAACAAACACAAACCACCACCUCGGGAGUCACUGAAUUGCGUGAUGGAUACAUGGAGGACUGGUGGCGGCCACGGAAAGCCCACGCGGCAGACUACUACGACGAGUACAAUCUAAACCCGGGUUUAGAGUGGGAGGACGAGUUCACAGUGCUUACAUUCGACGGCGACGCCACGCGGCAAGGCGAGGAUGAAGAGGCAGCAUUCCAUGGAAAACUCCCGCCGGGCAUCCUGCCCCACGGGCUGCCCACGGUUAAGGAGGUCCAGCCGGCUGUCACCGCCACGCCGCACGAGAAGAAAGAGGAGGAGAAGGAGAAGAAAGUUCGGGAGUUGAGCAACGACGAGAAGCAGACGAUAAUGCUGUCAGCGGAGUUCCAGAAGUUCGUUUCUAAAGCGGGACGCGUCAUCGAACGCGCUUUAGCCGAGGAAGUGGACAUUUACACGGACUACACCGGCGGUGGAGACAACGAAAAUGCGCAGGACGACAAAUCUGCAGCCCGUCUCUCCUUAGUCCGCACUUUCUACGACGAGCGUUGGUCUCGCGGCCGCUGCGUGACCUGCGUUGACUGGUCUUCGGCGCACCCCGAACUCCUCCUGGCCUCGUACCACAACAGCGACGACGCACCCCACGACCCAGACGGGGUCUGUCUCAUCUGGAACACCAAGUUCAAGAAGACGACCCCAGAGGAUAUCUUCCAUUGUCAGUCGCCGGUCAUGAGCGCGACUUUUGCUAAAUUCCACCAAAACCUAAUCCUCGGGGGCACUUAUUCGGGUCAGAUAGUGUUGUGGGACAAUCGCGUCCAAAAAAGGACGCCCAUACAACGCUCGCCGCUGUCUUCGCUCGCACACACUCACCCAGUCUACUGCCUCUCGGUAGUGGGCAGUCAGAACGCUCACAACCUGAUCUCAGUGUCGACGGACGGUCGCAUGUGCUCCUGGUCAUUGGACAUGAUGUCUCAGCCCCAGGAGACCUUGGACUUGCAGCACAGGCAGAGCAAAGCCGUGGCCGUCACCUCGAUGGGAUUCCCUCACGGCGAUGUUAACAACUUUGUACUGGGAAGUGAGGACGGGAAUGUUUACACGGGAUGUCGUCACGGCCAACGUGCCGGCGUGUCGGAGUGCGUGGAGGCGCACGCGGGGCCCGUCACGGCCGUCUCGUGUCACGCAGCGGCCGGACCGCUCGAUCUCUCGCACCUCUACCUCACGGCUUCCAUGGACUGGAGUGUCAAGCUGUGGAGUCUCAAGGAAAACAAACCUCUGUACUCAUUCGAGGAUAGCGGUGACUACGUGUCUGACGUCCGUUGGUCACCCGUGCACCCAGCCUUAUUCGCGGCCGUGGACGCGCACGGUCGACUGGAUCUCUGGAACCUUAACCGAGAUACUGAGGUACCGAUAGCAUCCAUCACGUCGCAAGAUGGAGUGGCCUUCAACCGAGUCUCUUGGUCUCCGAAUGGAGCGUUGCUGACUGCGGGUGAUGACGCUGGCAAGAUAUGGGUUUACGAAUUGGCAGAGCAAGUGUAUCAGCCUCGCCACGACGAGUGGACGAAGUUAGUGUACACCCUGCAGGAGCUCCGUAACAACCAAUUGGAUGAGGAGACGGAUCGGCUCAGUGUGACCAGCGGACCGCCUUCCCUUGGCAGCCUGACUUCGCUGGCUAGCAACCCUCUUAGGUAA